GCUGUCAGAUUAGCCUUUGUUAGUAUUUUAAUUGAAUGAAUCUGCAUUUUAAAUUAAAUUGUUUAAAUUACUUUUGUCCUUCAUUAGAUUGUCCUCAGGCGUCGGGCAACGCUAUACGUGGUGAACCUCCUGAUUCCCAGCUGUUUCCUCAUUACUGUAGAUCUAUUCAGCUUUCUUCUACCAACUCAGAAUGUGGAUCGAUCUUCCUUCAAAAUGACCCUCAUCUUGGGUUACACUGUGUUCCUGCUGCUAAUGAACGACCUGCUGCCCGUCACAGGAAACAGCUUACCUCUCAUAAAUGCAUUUUUCUCUCUCUGCUUGGCACUGAUGGUGGCCAGUCUUCUGGAGACAAUUCUUGUCAUAAAUAUUCAGUGUGGCUCCAGUAACUAUGGACCGUUACCUCGAUGGGUCAAGGUGCUUUUCCUCAACUACCUUGCUAAACUUGUUUUUUUAAGCAAGAAACCCAGUGACCAAAACUGUGAUCCUGAAGAGCACAGAACUGAGACCAAGCACUGGGAUCCUGUAGUUGACACCCCUCUGAGGGAAGCGGUCCAUAACACAAAUCCUACUCUUCAGGAACUGAGGAAGAUAAGCCACGAGUUACUGUCCAUCCGUCAGCAGGUCGAUAAACAUUUUAAAACUGAUGAGAGCGCAGAUGAGUGGGUACAUUUGGGUGCAGUAAUUGACCGCUUGCUUUUUGGGAUGUAUAUUAUCUUUCUCUCAGUGAGUUUCAUCACUAUGUUUGUCGUUUGGCAGUACUGGUACAACAAAAAUGCAUCUUUGAUAUAAAUAAACCCACUGAAACUAUAUAGGAAUAAGUGUUGAGUGUGCAUGAUUACUGAACCUGUAACAUAUUGCCAUUUAUUAAAUCAGUAGCACUUUGUUGUACAGUCCUGUUUCCCAUACAUACUAUGUACUUAUUUGAGUUAUUACAAUAACUGGGAAAUAACUAGGUAUUAACCCUGAACCUACCCCUAAACCUAACCAUAACCCAUGUAGUUACCUUAUACCAGUACUUUCUUAGGUAACUACACUGUAAGUACACGUACUGUAAAAUAAAGUGCAACAAUUAAAUCUAAUGGAAUGUAAUAAUGCUGUAUAGCUAAUAGUGAAUAUUUUCUGCUGAAGUUCUGUACUUUUAUAUUUGUUUUUGUUUCUAGUUUUGUUGUUUUUUUACAUUACAAAUUAUCAUAAAUUUGUAGUCCUAUUAGGUCUAAGGGUUUAUGCAUAUAUAUAUACUGAGCUGUUGGAAAUAAAUGCACAUCACAAAUGUAUUUCUGUAAUACCUUGUAGGUUACUGAUAUCUUAUGAUAUAUUAUGAGUUAAAUAGAAAAAAAAUGGUUUUGGAAUUUGAAAAAUACUGUAUAAUUUAACUGUCGCUGUCUACCCACUAACCUAUAUGACAAGGAUAGAUGGAUGUUA